AUGAUGAAGACGACAGUUCUGUUUACGCGAGUUGUGAAACGAAGUUGGCAUUUUACGUUGAUCUCCACGGUCAUGCGUCGAAACGAGGCUGCUUCAUGUAUGGAAAUUACUUCGAAGACGACGAACAGUACACACAAUGCAUGUUGUUCCCAAAACUGAUUUCGAUCAACUCCAGUCAUUUCGACUUCACCGCGUGUAAUUUUUCGGAAAAGAACAUGUACAGUCGUGAUAAACGUGAUGGAAUGUCCAAGGAAGGCAGUGGUCGUGUUGCUGUUUACAAGAUGACUGGUUUACCCCACUGUUACACAUUAGAAUGCAACUAUAACUGUGGCCGAAGUACAAACGCCGUCCCCCCCGCCACGUGCGACGGUGGACGUGCCACACCACCGCCACCCCCCGGCUUUCCACCACGAUACACGCCAGAGAUUUACGAAGAGGUCGGCCGUGCUGUCGCUAUUUCAGCCCUGGAUAUGAUGAAUGCUAACCCGUGGUCAAGACUACCGUUUUCAGAACACAGUUGCUUGGAUGGUUUGAAGAACUGGGUGGGUCGGUACAUAAAGAGUAAUAGAAACACGUCUUGCGUGAUAAAGAGGACUACAAGGGCACUUCCAAAGACAUCAAGUAUUACAAGUGCAAGUUGUCCACCGAUACAUCGCGUCACUGUAGCUACCAAAAUCGUUCGUACGAACCCUGAUCUGACAAGUCAAGCUGGCACAAGUGAAGCUACGAUAAUCGCUAAGAAUCAAGAUGGGGCUGCUUGUAUGCAGAGUAAGUUGUUAACGCAUUAUACUUCCUUGUGUUAAUUCUUUUUUUUUAAG